AUGGAGCACGGGUCGUUCCAGGACCAAACAGCAUCCACAUUUUCUUUGGCAGAUGAGGAUCAUACACUAGCAAAUUCAGUCAGAUUCACUCUCAAUCAAGAUAAUAAAAACAAGCACUUUUUCAAUUGUGUGUUUUAUUGGGGGGAAAAACAAGUUCAAGAUGUGGCAGGAUUUGAACUAUGCGGGACCUUGAAAAAUGUUGUGGCAUUGGCAGCAGGUUCUGUGGAUGGUUUGGAGAUGGGAAAUAACACAAAGGCUGCAAUAAUGAGAAUUGGUUUGAGAGAAAUGAAGGCCUUUUCCAAGUUGUUGUUCUCAUCUGUCAAGGAUAGCACCUUUUUCGAAAGCUGUGGUGUGGCUGACCUUAUAACAACUUGCUGGCCUGGUUGUUCUUCAUUGGGGUUGGGGCAUUCUCUGAAAAUGGACCAUUUAGGCCUAGUGGGAAGGCACUGGUCAGGAAUGAAUAUAGCUGGAACAGAGGUGCAAGAGGGAGGGGAAAUGAUUCUGACUCAAGCUGUGGAAGAGAAAAACAGAUCAAGUAAGAGCAACAAUGGUGUUGGUGCCACAAAGAAGAACAAAAUCAAUCAAACCCUAAAACGUGUGAGAAACCUGUCUAGUAUGACAGAACAGAUGAGCAAGGCAAUGCUUGAUAGUGGUGGCGUUUGGUAA